AUGGACGCAAUCACAUGCGCCAAACUUUCAAAGGCUUUAACCAUUGACCUUCCUUUUCCCAACGCUCGGCUUGCAACUAUUGCACUCCGGGCGCUACACGUAGACGAGGAACUCUCUCCACUUGUACACCGGUCUCUCUCGAUCAUAUCUCCAUCUUUUCAAUCCCCUAUGAUGAAUUCAAGUAUCUCUGAGGACACAGUACUACGAGCGGAGUAUAGAGCUACGACCAACAGAUUGCUCAGGGUAGCUAUCAAUGGAUUUAUGGAAAGUCUAGGCGUCGUAAUAGGUGUGAUGGAGGAACUGGAUGUGGAAGUGUUUGAAAGCAAUUCUAAAAAGAAUAUCACUGCAAAGAAUGUUCAUUCGAACCACGGCUGA